ACUGGAAAAGCAUGGGAAAGUUCCUCUCCCUCGGAAUCACUUUUCCCCAUAACCGCCAUUCAGCUCGGAGGAGAGACUCGGAGGGAGGAACUGUUGCACAGACAGAUCAGGACAGCACAAACACAUCCAGAGAGUGACAGGUGCAGAGGAUGUCCAGAGCUGACUGGGGUUUUCUGGAGCGUUUGCUAGUGGAAGGUCAGGAGUAUUCGACGAACGUGGGACGUGUGUGGCUCACUGUACUCUUUCUCUUUCGCUUGCUCGUCUUGGGAACGGCAGCCGAGUCAGCCUGGGAUGACGAGCAGUCCGACUUCAUCUGCAACACCAAACAGCCCGGUUGUGAGGCCGUCUGCUAUGAUAAGGCUUUUCCUGUCUCCCACUUUCGCUACUUUGUUCUGCAGGUCAUCUUCGUCUCCACACCCACCAUUUUUUAUUUUGGCUAUGUAGCUCUGAAGACACAUGAGGACCAGCAGACAGCAGAGGAGACCAGAGAGGAGCAGCGUGGGAGGCAGAGGAAUGGAAAAGCCAAUCAGAGUAAGCUAGAUGUAAUAAAGGAAGAGGAUGAGGAAGAUGAGAAGCAGGUGGAAAAUAAGAAGAAACAGGGAGCGCCUCCAAAGCUGAAAGGGAAGCUGCUAAGUGUCUACGCGGUUAGCAUAGUCCUAAAGAUUUUGCUCGAGGUGGGCUUCAUUGUGGGUCUUUGGUUCCUCUAUGGAUUUGUAGUUGCGGCAAAGUAUGAAUGCAAGCGUCAACCCUGCCCUCACACUGUGGACUGCUUUGUCUCGCGGCCAACUGAGAAGACCAUUUUCACCAUCUACACUCAGAUCAUUGCCGCAAUUUCUGUGUUCCUGAAUGUUCUGGAGUUGUUUCAUCUCCUUAAGCUGGCCAUCACCCGUAGUCUGGAGAAGAGAUACCAGUACCAUGAGCUUGGGAGGCAGAUAGAGAGGACUCCUACAAAACUGGAGCUGGCAGAGGUUCAUGCUCUUUCAUACGAGGAGAAGGGACAUCUUUUUCUCCCUGUAGACAACGACAGCUAUACCCAGUCUAGCCUUGACUGGACUGAGAGGGAGCACCACCUAGCUGAGGACAUGCUCCCUAGCUACUCAAACUGUGUAAGAAACAGCAAACCCAGACAUCAGUCAAAAAAGCACAUCCACUCCAAAAAACACAGUAGAAGUGACCAUAAAGAGAAGCGCUCCAAAGACAAAUACUAUGUAUGAAGACAAAUUGAAAACUAAUUAGCCUGGUCCAGUUUAAUGGAUCCUGUUUAGGAACAUCAGAGCGAAGGAUGCAAUUCUCAGUGCGUAACUGUGAGACAAAUGCCAUUUCCCUUGUUUGGAAUGUACUGUGCUCCCGGCUAAACUGCCUUCCUCCAAAAGCGUUUAAAGGUGUUAAGGGGUGAAGUGGCAGCCACGCAAACCCAUUAACAUCUCUGCUUCAGCAAUGCUGAUGCUCAGCACACAGAGGAAUAAUGGUUCUAGAGAGUCACGUGAGGGUGGACAGUGCAAAGCCAAAGUGCAGUUUAAGAUAAAGGUACAGCAAAAAGUAGCAAUUAAAUGAAUGUUACAUUAAAAAAGAUUUAUCACGCCCAUCAGUCAGCCAGUGUUUAUGUAUUUAUCCAUAAUUUCUACAUAUAGAAAAGUGCUUUUUUUAGUUUUUAGUCUCAGGAUGCAGCCAAACUCACAGCUGUCUAAAAAGUGUAUAACAAAACUUAAUGAUCUGUUCAACUGUAACUUUUCUUCAGAGCAGAGUAUUUCUGUAACAGUGAGUAAACAAAGCUGAUGCAGUGUACCAGCCAAAUAUGUGAAUUAAGAAACCAAGUAUUUAACAAUAGUUAUUUUUUUUAUUUUAUACUGAAUUUUAUAUUUAUUCUGUUUAGUUCUAAUAAAUUUGUUCUUUAGUUUUCAUUCACGUGUUUGUCAUAUUUAGGGCUUUUUUGUCAGAAAAGGUAAGUGCUUAUUUAAUAUAACAUCUUGUGCAGACCUCUUCUUUUAAAGCCUACAUCAUACAUAACCAUGCAUCACACUUGGUGACUUAGUACUGAUCGGCAGUAUACAUAAAGAGAGCACAAUUUAAAGAAUCCAGCAAAAAUGUCUAACAAGGCCUUCAAUUCAACCAAUUUGCUAGCUUCUUAUUCAAAUUUACUGUCUAGAGCCUGAUAGAUGAAUGGGGAAUGUAGCUGCUGCAGCAUUUAGGGUAGAACAGAAUUGGAAAAAGAAACUUGCGGAUGUCUAAGUUUACGAUGUGAAAGCACGCACAAACGAAAUGUCUUCAUGCUAAAUUAUUGCAUGGCAUUACUUGGAUUCACUGGAAGAAACUAGCUUUUCAUUUGCAUACCAGAUAAUCAUAAGGGAAUUUAAAAUGUCAUCUAAAGCCAUUUCAGUCUGAAAUCAGUUCAGCAUUAGAAGGCACUUUCCAGCUAAAACCUGUUCAUCAAAUGUUUGUUUGGAGGCAAAAGGUUCAUUGUUAUUCAAGACAUGGAGAUAAUUUUCAGCACACUCUGCUUCGAUAGUCUUUGGACUGGUUUAAACUGGAAUAAGCCUAGUCUAGGACUAAAUUGCAGUGCCAAUUGUGCAUCACCCUUGGAGAUUCUUUGUAGUCUAAGUUUAGGCUUAAUCUCUGUUUGUUAAACCAGCCCAUCUAUUGUAUUUUUUUUUGUAAAUGCUUCAAAGUUCUGUCAUAUAAAACAGUGAUAAUAUUCAGACACAGUGGUUGUUAUACAAGAAUCAACAUUCUUUCCUAAAAUAAACUGUUCUCAUCAUACAUUCAUAUAGUGUACAUGGUUACUUCACUGGUUAAUUUGACAGAGAGAUUUUUUCCAAUUAGACUGUGACACAUUUUACUAAUGGUAGCCAGAAGGUAGUUAAUCGAAAAUGUGUCAGGGUCUGCUUCCAGCUAUAGAUAUGGGUAGAAUAAAAUAAAGUAGUCUAUGUAUAGUAGCCCUUAGACACAGCAUCAAUUUUUGUGGUGAAAGUCUCCAUUUAAAGCCUGAAGUGUUAUAUAAAGGAAUGCACUAUUGUAUCAUAUGUAUUUGUGUUCAGAAACUAUUCAAAAUGUUUGCUACAACUCAUUUUUCGAAGAGCACUAAAAGGAAUAGUUCAUGGAGAAUUUACACAAUUAUCCACAUUCCCCAGAUGCACUCGAUCAGUUAAGACAUCUGCUCUCCAAAUUUCACUGGUUUGCAUUUAGUCAGUCUUAGCGGGUAUGGUUUAACUAUAAAAUAAGCAAAAGUUCACAAUGCAGCUGAACAUGUGCACAGCCAGGUUACGAUCUAAUUAAACCCAAUGCAUUAAUUGAGAUAGUAAUAAACUAAAUAUAUACAACUUCAUCAUUAAUAGGGUGUUUUCUAUUGGGAGGUGGCGGUCCCAAACGCUAACCCUAAGCAAGGCUUUAUUUUAGCCACACCCCUGCAUUUUACAGCAGGAUAUGAGACUGCAUCCCUGUCCCUCAUGACCACAUAGUGAGCACUUAGAUCCCAUUGUUUAAAGGUAAAUGGGUCACCAAAGUCUGAAAAGCAGUGUAUUACAUUGGGAAUUGUUACUAUCAAAAUUCAUUUUCUGCCAUUAACAAAACUUUUUUGUGUUUAUAUGUGUAAUAUGUACAGUGUUUUAUAUGUGUACAAAAGCUGUGUGUACUAUCAUGUAGUGGCUAACAUUUUUGACUUCUGCUUAAAAUUAGCUACAAUUGUCUCUAUUAAAUGGUUAAUAAUG